AUGAUCAACUUCCACCCAGGUCAGACCUGGUCGUCGAACCCCAACCAGGCUUAUGCCAACAUGGGCUCACCGUCCUUCAACUCCACAGCCGCCUCCUCGUCAUCCGAUCCCACCUCGCACACAUCUCAACCCAUCGUCACUGGUACCUCGGUCCUCGGACUCAAAUACAGAGAUGGCAUCAUGCUUGCAACCGACACUCUCGCUUCCUACGGUUCUCUCGCCCGUUUCAUGGACAUCACUCGCAUCUCCCAAUUCGGCCAAAACACGCUCAUCGGCGCCAGCGGAGACAUGAGUGACUGGCAAUACGUCCAACACAUGCUCAACAAACUCGUCACGUCCGAAGACGUCGCCGCAGACGGUCACCACCUCACACCCACCCAAAUCUACGCCUACCUCGCCCGCGUCAUGUACAACCGUCGAAGCAACGUCAACCCGCUCUGGAACUCUUUCGUUCUCGGCGGUGUUGAUCCCAAGGACGGAACACCUUUCUUGGGCUACGUUGAUCUGUUGGGAACCACUUUCACAAGCAGCACAAUCGCUACCGGGUUCGGUAUGCACUUGGCUCAGCCAUUGUUGAGGAAGAUGGUCGAGGGUAGGGAAGAUAGUUUAACGGAAGCAGAGGCAAAGGAUAUCAUGGAGAACUGUAUGAAGGUAUUGUUCUACCGUGAUGCGAGAUCGUUGAACCGGUUCAGGGUUGCAAAGGUGACGAAGGAUGGGUGUGAGAUUUCGGAGCCUUACAGUGUUCCAACUUCGUGGGGCUUCGCUGAGAUGUUGCGUGGAUAUGGUCCUCAGACUCAGUGA